AUGACUACCUUGAACAUUUCUGCUGGGAUUAUCAGGUCAUACCCCGACCAGAAUCCGUUCGAGCUCGACCCUCUGCCGUACAGCCUCAUCCCACACAGCAUGGAGCUCGAGCGGCAGGACGACACGCCACAAUUCAUCGAAGCCGCGCGAGCAAUGGCCGCAUACGGCUCAAAUCCGCUUCGCUGGAUGUACGGGACGAACCCCUUCAUUCUAAUUGAUGAUAGACUACUUGACGAGAAGAUGCCGUUGGAACCUGGACCACGGCCGCCAUCAGAUAUAGGGCACCCAGAGGGCAAGACGGUGCUUGUGACUGUUCAGCUCGAAGGACACGUUCGGCUGCUAAAAAUUAAGGAGAGUGAGGCAUAUGCGCACCUGCUCAAAGCUGGCGUCUGUGCGAGGGGCUACGUCCAGAUGUGCUACGGCUGGCUCGAGCUGACGCCGGAACAUGUGGCGCAGGUUGCGGCCUUGCCGGGUGCCUCGUACAUGGCGCAGUACCUCGGAUACCGCGCGGGUCCUAUACGCGCACUACUUCUUGAGUACUUUGUGGAUGCCCAGCAGCUCAGCAUCGACAACGUCUCGGAGAAGGUCGCGGAAGCCGCCAUGCGCGCGCUCUGCGAGAUCAACAAGGCGCACGUCCUGCACGGCGACAUCGAGGGGCGCAACAUCCUCGUGCUGCCCGGUGAGCGUGUCGUCUUGGUGGACUUCAACUACGCCAAAUGUCCACACGGCCCCCAGUCGGUCAUUCGCCAGGAUUUUUUCUUCGAGCUUGGUAAGGCGUGGACGUAUCUCUACGGGCAGCUUCUUCCAGAUCAACGCAUCGGGUUUCAUUACACGAUACCCGAGUGA